CGACCUGUGAGAGGCAGCAAUGUGCCGCUCUGCCGGAGAUCCAACAGAAGAAGAAGCAGAAGUGUUACUCUGCUACACAAGAUGUCAGCCUGCUUCACCCGUCAGUCCACGGUGCUCUGCGGGGCUCUGCGAGGAGCUCUCAGCCUCCACCUCCGGUCACUGCGACCUCCUGCCGCGGCUGUCGGCUCCAGGUUCGUCUGUAAUGCUGCUCCAGAAGAAACAAAGAGGGGGAUAUCAGAGUCUACGGAGGAGUACCGGUUCGUAGAGCGGCUGAUCCCUCCGUCCCGGGUCCCCGCUCCGCCUCAACACGCCGGUCCCACACCGUCUGGCUGGACUCCACCGGCAGACUCACCGCCUCCUCUGCCCUACAUGAUCCGCCGCUCCCGCAUGCACAACAUCCCGGUGUACACCGACCUGACCCACGGCAGCCGCAGGACGACGCUCAUACGGAAAGUGGAGGGGGACAUCUGGGCUCUGGAGAAGGACGUGAAGCAACAUCUGAAGGAGGUGAUGGGCAAAGAGCUGCCCACACAGGUCAAUGAGGUCACCAUGACCUUGAAGGUCAAAGGUCACGUUGAUAGUGAGAUAAAGGAAUGGUUGGCCAGCAAAGGCUUCUGAUCUGUGGUGAUCCUCCAGGACUGGGACAUCAUCAUCAUGCUCAGGGGACAGAGAGCAGUCCAUGUGGAGACGGAGAGGACCAGUCAAACAUUGUCCUACAGAACAUGAACCCAUUUCAAUCCAUACAGAAGGACAGCUUUUUGAUUCCUGCCACUUUAUUGAACUCUGUUUUAGACACUAGAGGUGUUGAAGUUACGGGAUCAUAGGUUGUUGAACAGGGUGCACGUGUGUAAGGUUGUUGAACAGGGUGCACGUGUGUGUGUUAUGAAUGAAAUAUAAAAGCAUAGCCUACUUCCUGUUGUGUAUUAUUACUGAACCAGAGAAGCAGGGCAAGAUGUCAAGACGCCUGCUUUGUUUCACCUUUUGUCGAUAGCUGUUCAGAUUGCGUCAUCAACAGCGUGCAGUCCUGUGAGUUUGUCUCCAUCUGGCGAAACCCAAUGUUAUUGAAUUAAAAGAAUAUUUCACCCACAAAA